UCGAGUUGUGCCAAGUUUUAAGAGAGAAAUUUUGAUUUUAGAGUCGAAAUUAAGCGAGAAACAAUGUAAGGAGGCGACUCGAAGGCCGUCGAUGCUUUUGCCCUGCACCCUCGCCCUCGCACCCUGAGCAUUUCACACAAAACCACCCCGUAAAUGGGCGCCGACCUGGAAAACUACGUCAAUUAGCCAGGAAAAUGGGCAAAAAGCAGGACACGACGGAACCAACGCUGGAGUGCGCCGAGGAUUUCAAGCCGAGCGCCCCAAUUGCAACGGGGACCCUUCCAAGGCACGGAAACCGCCCUCCCAAAACCAACUUCCACGGACACAUUGUGGACGUGGACGAAAAUGAAUCCGUUCCGUCGGCGCCCCCCUUAGAACUGAUGGACAACGUAAUUGGCUACGAAACCGUCUCGUUCGAAGCAAUAAGUGUGCCACCACCACUCUACGACAUGGAAUCUCCGGACGCAGAUGUUAGCAACAGGGACAUUUUGCCCAACUGUCCUCAGGUCACAGAACAAGAGGCUAGGACGGCUCUUCUCUCCCUCGUGGCUGAACACUGCUGCUAUGGAAGAGAUGCUGCAAAAGAAAUGGCCAUCACCAAAAUCAACUACUCCUCAGCUUUCCAUUACCAACUGCACUCUUUCACUGAAAAACGAGAGACCUCCUGGGCCUACAUCCCCUACGGUGGUGGUGAGGUGGACGGCAUAGAGAACGGGGCGCCCCCUUUGCCGUGGGAAAUCGAAGUCUAUCCUGACGCCUUGUUCGAAGACGAGGUCAAACUGAUCCCUGUGCCACACACGGCCUCUGUCAAAUCUUGCCACCGGUGCAAAGGCGGCGGCUCACUUUUGUGUGCCGAGUGCCAUGGCAAGGGCUGGGUGCGCUGCCUCUCUUGUCACGGGGACGGCUGGAGCAAGUCCACCAGCGGCUACAAGGAGCGCUGCUUCUACUGCCACUCCUCCACCCACGGUCAUGGAAGACAAGACUGCUUGAAAUGCAACGCCAAAGGACGAGUUCCCUGUCCGACUUGUGACAACUACGGUCAAAUUCAGUGCUUCAUUCAACUGACCGUCUCCUGGAAAGUCAACUCGGCCGAGCACAUUGUGGAACGGCUCUCAUUACCAGAGGACUUGGUCAAAUCAGUCUCCGGGCAGGUGGCGUUUGAAGAGGAAGCUCACCAGGUGCUGCCCAUCGGCCACUUUCCAGACGAAACCAUCAACAUGGCCUCGACGCAAAUCGUUCAUGCCCACGCUCAGGCCUUUGCAGACCAAAAGCUCAUCCGACAGAAACAAGUGGUGCGUAUAAUUCCAGUCACCGAAAUCCACUACCGGUGGAAAAACAAGAACAGCACGUUCUUUGUGUUCGGCUUUGAAAACAGGGCCUACGCUCCAGACUACCCUCAGAAGUGUUGCUGCGGCUGCACCAUAUUGUAGGCUAGUGAGACCCACCUUUUGACGCAGAUAAUAGGACUCUUGCACAAGAUUUCUGUUUCCAGUCCGACGCGCGCCGGACUUUUAUUUUUCUCUACGUUGUAGCCGUUUUACUAUUGUACACACACCAGACUUUUUGAGCUGCCCUAUUUUUUUACACGUGCGAUUCCAUGGUUCUUAUUGUUCGCUUUUAUUACUUUUAUUCUCUUGCCCGACAAGUUUUAUUUUUUCUCAUCGCUAGGAUGAUAUAUUUAAUAAUAAUUAUAUACUUAAACACGUGUGGUUGGAGGGCCAACAGAUGAUUUUAUAUUGUGAAACUAAACUCAAUUUUUAAAUGUUGAUUCGCCUAAAGGAACACCAGGAGGAAAAGAAAUAAACUGCCAUUUUAAAUUUUCUGCCAUGUGCCUUAAAUGCAAAUGAUUAAUUUUGAAACAAGAAAUUGAAGUUUUUGGUGGUUUUUGUGCUUUCUAGAAAUUUUCACUCUGGGUUUUGAUUCUUUUUGUGGAAACUUACAAGCUAAAAUUAGACUAGAUCAAGUUUAACAGUGCACUGCCUUUGAUAAAAAAUUCAAAUUCAGCAAUAAAAUUUUCUUGAUAGAUAUGAGGAAGGAUAUUUUAGACAAUUGAGGCCACCUAUUAACAUUGUACAAAAUUGGCACUCCCAAUAACAAAUCUGGUCUUUCAAAUUAUUGCCAAAAACAGUCAAGCCAAUUUUAAUCAAUGUCUGAUGGUCUUUUGUAGGCAAGUAUUGAGAUUUUAAAAAUUUCCAAAUUAAUUGUUAACAAUUAUGGUAGUCUGAGAGAUUAUUAUAUAAUAAGGAGCGUACCAAUUCAAAUCCCAUCUUGCCAUAUUAUUCCUUUUUCCUUCAAAUUUCAAAGCUUUUCUCACCACCUUUUAAAUAAUUUCCAAACAUAUCCUCCUUCAUCUUUUUAAUUUUAAGUAAUCACUCAUAGUCUACUAUAAACCCCAAAUUUAAUAAGACUGCCAUUGCAGGUAGCUAUUUUCCAUAGCUUUUUCUGUUUAUUUUCAGCUAAAUUCAGUAUGAAACAUGCCCGAAAUCUAGAAGUCAAAGCACAAAAAUUUAAAAUUUCUCUCAAAUUGGUGAAUUGAUCAGUGAUUGAGAUAUUACUUUUUAGUUAAACUCUAUACUUAUUUAAUGUGAUCUGAACUUGUUUUUGUGCAAAAUACUCUGAAUCUUCCUGUCGAGUUGUGAAAGUUUAAGUAAAAAAUGUGGUUGCUAAAAAAAUUAUCUUUACAAAGAAAUAGCUACUUUUUAGACUAUAAUAUAUAUUAUAAUGAAAUACGAAUAGCAUUUUUAAGCUUUAAACUGAAGAAUAGAAAAGGAGCUCACUUAUCUUGUGAACAAGUAGUUUUAGCCUUGUAACUUAAUGAACUAUGCAUAUAUAUGUGUAUGGUAAUUAAUAAAAAUAUCUUAUUAAUUCUGAUCAA